GUUGUAUUUCAGUUACUAGACGUCACAAUCCGUCGCAUUACGUCGAUUUGAGCAACGUGAGAAAGUCCGGGUGUCUUGCGACGGAGGGAAAUCGCUCCAGCUCGUGAUUCCAUUACAGUCAAGGUUAAUUUCUUUGAAAUAUCUGAUCAACCCAAUCUUCCCGUCUCCUUUUCUUUCCUUUUCGUCCGCUCGAAUUAACUCCCGUUUAACCCCCUGUCUCCACCAUCCCGAAACGCCAAAAAAAUCCCCCGAUCGAGAUAUAUUUUGCUCGGGCGGAGAAAUGAAGCGAUAAAAAAUUACAGGCGAGGGAAAAGUGCUACGGCGAUUUUAGCAGAGUUAACUCUACUCGGCGAGCGGCGAGACGGUGUGCGGUCGUUCCAACAACCGCCACCGUAUCGGAACCUCUGUGCAUGUUUAUCUCCUGUUAUUUGUGAUUGUUUGAAGUCGUUUUGGACCUAAUUUGGCGAAUAACCUGACUGGGACACCUAUAAUGCAAUGGACCUCCCGGCACUCCAGUACCAGAUGUGGCUGGCCGUCAAAAAGUACCAGAUUUUGAUUGGCCGACGUCAGGAAGAUCCUAAUAAUUUAUCUGUGCAAAAAGAGAUAUUGGAUGUUCUCUGCCAGCUGGUAUCCAUCAAUGAGAAUCAGAAACUGGUCGUUGCCAAACUAAGAGAAGAACGCAGCAGGAAGCGUCCUCAGUGCUUUGAUGAUAAGGAUCAAAAUGAGGUAGUACACUCCACUUCUAAUGAACUAGAUGGCAGUGAUAUCCAGCAUCAGGACGGCAGGAAAUCCUUAUUGUCUCCAAGUCUUCCAGGUGCCAAAAGCCCAGAAAGGGCUGAUCAGAGUAUCUGCAAUGCCGGUCAAGGAGUGAAGACCUUACCAAUAUCAUACCCCGAAUACCCAGCGGAACGACCAAACAAUAAUCUUCGUGCCAGUCCAGAACAGCCUCUAGACUGUAGUGUUACAGGAGAAGGGUUUCCUGCCAGUGAUCCCAGUAGUCCACAGAGUUGGUGGUGUUCCCCCGAAAAGCGCUUGCAUAACUUCCAGCCACCGACAGCAGAUUAUUCUGUCGAAGAUGUUCAUGAUCUUGUCAGUGAAGAUGAAUUCAUGCAUGCUCUAGGGCUCCUUACUGUUAGUGAGUGCCAAGAAGUUCUUGCGAAAAGGUACGAGAGACGGAAACAUAGUGCAUAUUCUCACGUCUUUUCAAGCACAAUAUGGGAAAAACCAGAAACGCGUCGGAAGCGCAGAGCUUGGUUAACAAGUGGAGCUGGAUCCCCUCCAAAUUUACGACGCAAGGUCCGACCUCUGUCCCAGCCACCAUCUCGCCCCGAGUCCCGUCCAGUAUCACCUGCCCAGUCUUCAUGCUCACCACCUACCACUUACCUUCCCUCGCAGCCUACAUCUCCUCAGUCACUUGAAGAAGAUUUCCCCUUGAGUUCACAGUCUUCUGAAGAAAUUUGCCCCAUGUGUAAUGUGAAAGGUGCAGACAUCCAGUGCGAUGGAUGUGGAGUCAUGUAUCAUAGUCACUGCGUAGACCUGGAAGACGCAGACCCUCCUCCCUCGUGGCUGUGUCUCACGUGUGAGCAACUGGGAAUUCGAGCCUCUACAAGUAUCGACCCUCAGCAUGAUAGCAGGCGUAGAGAGGCGUUGGAGUUGCGGGAGCAUCUGCUACGCCAGAGAGCGGAACUAACGGUUGCUAAAUUGCAGCUGGAGGAGAGAAAACAACAGUUAGCUGUAGCCUUUGAGGCACAGCAGAUGGAAAGAAAAUCUCUACAACAAAAAGAGGAUGAAGUUCGCAGAGCAAUUCAGCAAUUGCACAAUUUCAUUUACACGUUCCAGCGACCAGAAUCUCCCAAGACGCCCAAACCAUCAACAGAGGAACCAGAAAACCUUUGCAGUGCAGAUAUCUCUGCCACCUCACUCAGACAUAGUAAUACCUCAGACACUGCCUUACCUCCAUAUUCACCUUCCGACCAGAACUCUCCGGUAUCAUCAGAAGACCAACCUCCAUUGAAGAAUGCAACUUCAAAGCUUUUGUAUAGCUGUACGCCAAUCAUUGACUCAACUGAAUUACCUCAUGUUUCUGCACAUACAUCCUGUUCACCAGACUCCUCUCCAAGUCAUAGAUCUCAGACUCGUGUGCCUAAAAUAGUUCCACGUCACUCAGCGUCACCCGACCAACUACCAGACUCGACCUCUGAUCAGCCUGGCUCUCCAGAAAGCAUGUCUCCAAAAUCCAUCUCACCCGAACCACAUCAAACACAUAAGUUUCCCUCUCUACAUUGCUCCGAGAAGUCCACAGAUCGCGACAGAGGACCCACGCAGCAUCCACGACGGUUGACAAUGAGCAAGUGUGGGUCAGUCAAUCCAAAAGUCAAGAGUUCUCUGUCUCAUCAAAUGGGAGCCAUUAACCCAGAGCCAACAGAUCUAUCAACUUCAGCUCACUCGAGACAGAAUGGAUUGCCAAGAAUGAGAAGAGGUGAGAAUAAAUCAGUGACCGCUUCCAUUUGAUAACUUCUCAGUGUUAUCAUGAAUUUUUGUCUUUCAUUUUCAUUUAUGAGUGUACAGAAUGGUACUUUAUAUUGUUUUUGUAUUGAAAUAUAAAUAAUUCUUAUAUAGAAACUCCCAUUAUCCUGUUAAGAUAUUUUAUAGAAUAUGUUGUUAUAAACCUUUUAUAUGCCUGCCAUUAUAAGUAGUUUCAUGUGCAAUGUAAUGUGAUUUUAUCUUUUCUGGUAAAGGCUCAUAAAUCUAAA